AUGCGACAGGAUCGAGACAAACCGGUGCGACACUUUGGUGCCCGCCUACGUGGACAGGUUUUAGAUAUCUUCAGGUUCGUCAUCACGUGCCCUAGUUGCAAGUAUAACGUGAAUUACACCGAUGCCAUUGUGCGCGACGUAUUAAGCCGAGGAAUUGCCGAUCCUGACAUCCAAUUAGACCUCUUAGGAGAUAAAAAUCAGGAUAUGUCAUUGGAGAAAAUAUUCCAGUUCAUUGAAGCGAAAGAAGCUGGGAAAAGAUCAGCCUCAAGACUACUAAACACCUUUUCAGUGGAAGCUGCACGUUCAUCUUAUCAGAGAACCAAGCACCCACUGGAUGAGGAUAAACAGGGCCCAUGCUCGUACUGUGGCAAGCGCGGCCAUAGCAUGAAAAGCGCCACACGCAUCCGCAGAAACCAGUGCACAGCCUUUGGUCACAAAUGUGAGCGCUGUCACCGAGACAACCACUUUGAAAACAUGUGCCAUAGUAAAGACACGCCUCAUGACAGAAGACCAUCACAGACGGAGCGAUUCAAUAAAGGAAAUGCCGUUUUUAAUUCUCUGUGUAACGCAAAAGACGGCUCAUCCGACGAUAAGGUUUGCAAUAUAAAUAGCAACCAUCGUGGUCGACAACAAGUCAGCAUACCACUAAACCACCAUGUAUAUGACAGCCUAUCCAACACUUGGAUCAAGCGAAACUCAAAACCUCAGCCAUUUAUCAAUCUGACGGUAGAGGCUCUUCCCGGAGAUCACAAAACCCUAGGCAUCGAACUAUUGGCACGCGUUCUACAGCCGUUAGUGUGCCGGUCAUGGCCGACACCGGUUGCCAAAAGCUGCCUGGCUGGCCUAAAAGUGAUCCACCGUCUUGGUUUACGCGAGUCUGACCUGAUACCAGUGACGAUGCAUAUGCACACGGCAACGAAUAGCAGUAUCAGAAUCUUAGGAGCCAUCCUGUUACGCCUGUCUAGCAGAGAUCCACGUGGGCAACUGAUUGAAACGAGACGAAUGACGUAUAUUACACUCUCGUCAGAUAAACUAUUCUUGAGUAGGGAAGCCUGCAUAGAUCUUGGCAUUAUAACAAAUGACUUCCCUACCCUGCAUGCUACGUACAAUUAUAGUGCCGCCAGAAUAGAUGGGAGAGAUAAAUCAUCAUGCGGAUGCCUAGUACGGCGACUGUCGCCACCAGCGCCAACCACACUGCCAUUUGCAGCAACAGACGAGAACCGUGAAAAGCUACAGCAGUUCCUCCUCGAUUUUUAUGGUGCCAGCACAUUCAACACGUGCGAACCUGUGAAACUCAUUUUGACGGAUGACCUGGCAUCGAUUGCCUCGAACCAUGACGCUUUCCGACACCCGACCCAAUCACUGCCUGACCUUAGGGUGUACGACAACACUGACAGUGAUAUCGAGGAGUGUGUGAUUGCAGCCGCUACCACAUCACUAAAUGCAUUAAACCUCAAGUCAGACACAUGGGACAGAGUGCGCACCGCCACUGCCAGCGACGAAGAUAUGCUAGUAUUGACUGAGCUCAUAGAAUCUGGCAUGCCAGAAUUCCGCCAUGAAAUGCCAAACUCCAUUCGCGAGUAUUUUCAGUUCCGCGAUGAUCUGUCUACUAUAGACGGCGUCAUAGUUUAUAAGGACCGCAUCGUUAUCCCACCAUCCCUGCGAGACGAGGUGCUCUGCGCCUUGCAUUCAGCUCAUCAAGGAGUAACCUCUAUGAUCGCUAGGGCCGAAUCAUCUGUAUUCUGGCCAGCUAUAACGCCUGCUAUUGCAGCACUCCGUGCUAGCUGCCUGCAAUGCAAUCGCAACGCACCAUCUAAUUCUAGCGCUCCACCAGUCCCUCCAACGAACCCAGAAUACCCUUUUCAGUGUCUCUGUGCUGAUUUUUCCACAUACAAAGGAAACCACUACUUAGAUCGUUAUUCCAACUGGUCAAUAGUUGAAAGAUCCUCAGAUGGGGCUCUUGGACUCAUAUACUGCUUCAGCCGUACUUUUGUAACUUAUGGCAUACCCGUUGAGCUGGCCUCUGACGGAGGGCCCGAGUUUACUGCUACCAUUACUCGACAGUUUCUAGCUGAUUGGGGUGUUCACCAUAGGUUAUCCUCAGUAGCAUUCCCUCACAGCAACUGCAGAGCAAAGCUCGGCGUUAAGACAGUAAAGCGCCUUCUUAUGGACAAUACAGGUCCCUCCGGAACCAUUGACACGGACUCAUUCCAACGUGCAAUGCUGCAGUAUAGGAACACACCGGAUAGAAACACAAAGUUAUCUCCGGCGAUGUGCAUCUUUGGCCGUCCUAUUCGAGACUUCAUACCCAUAAUCCCGGGAAAUUAUAGACCUCAUGAAACGUGGCGCAGCACAUGGAAAACACGUGAAGAGGCCCUGCGGAACCGCCACAUGAGAUGUGCUGAGAGAUUAUCGGAGCAUACCAAAUGGCUGCCACCACUAGUCGUCGGUGAUCAUGUGCGGAUUCAAAACCAAUUCAACCAAUACGUGAUAAGCGUUGACGGAUCGAGAAGAGUGACACUCCGGAAUAGAAAAUUCUUACGGAAGUAUGUCCCAGUGCAACUCCCUCCCUCAAAGCUGACAAUCGAUAAUGACAUUCGUAUACGUAAUGCGGCUCCUACUUUGACACCGACAAUUGUCUCGAAUGACGUCACAACAACAUCACCCCAACUCACAGAACCCAAGAACCCCAUCGCUUCUGACCCUCCUGCCCAACCGGUGAUCUCACCAAAAGUAUCACAAACGCCGCGGAACGCACCAACAGUGCUAGAAACCGCUCCACCUGACAGAGAAAAGCCGACGUUUGACGGAGACUUGAGUUUUGAUACCACUGUAUCGCCGUCCCGAGCAUCAAUGUCCAAUCCCUCUAGUCUAGAGACAACCCCAUCCUCCCCACGUAUGUUGAACACGCCAAGAAGAUCAGGCCGCGCUAAACACGCGCCGAAGUGGUUCAAAGACUAUAUUAUGACAGUUCAGACUUCACCUGACUUCUGA